AGUAUCCUCGUGAGGACUACUAGAACGAGCUUCGCAAGAGACCAUCAGAUGCUCUGGACAUGCUUUUCCUCCCACACCUCGUCAUGCUGCUGCUUUCGAACGCCGCGGUAUCCCAACAGCAGGAGUGCAAUAGAACGUUUGCAAGACCCGCGAGACCAGAGGACCAUCCGGCGUUCAGCGAUCUCGAGCCCGACCGUUUCCAGUCAAUCACAAAUUGCCCAGGUGAUAUCGACUGCUGCGAUGACGGAACGUUUUCUUGCUACAACUGGACUUACCUAACUUGCUCGUGUCGGGAAGAUUGCGAGGAGUUUGGAGACUGUUGCUGGGGCUGUGAAAACAAGUCGGUGGAUAUUGACCUGGCUUCCCUGAAUACCUCGAAGUGGACUUGCACUAGCUUGGCCCUCGAAGGCGGCGUCACGAAGCACGUGUUUCUGGCUUCACGAUGCAACUCUUUGUGGCCUCUGCAAGACGACGUUCGCGAGCGCUGCGAAGAUGCGAGCUUCAGCUCCAGCGACAUGUUCUUUCGCAUUCCGGUAACCAGUCGGCGUUCCACGGUAACGUACCGCAAUACAUUUUGCGCUUUUUGCAACUACGACCUGGAUGAGGUCAUUUUCUGGGAAGUAGCGGUCGUUGGCACCAGAAGGAAACAGAAGCUGCGGCCUCCUCCAUUCAUCUCGACAAAUUUCUACAGAUAUAUGCGUCAGUGCAGUCGAUUCCCCUUAAUUGGAGACUGCCCCGAAGAGACCAAUUCUAGAGUUACGCGUUCCUGCUGGGCCUUUUUUGCUCCUGUUAUUGAUGAAAUAUCUGGCUCAGCCUACUACAAAAACGCCUACUGCGCUCGCUGCCACGGAGUCGAUCUGACAAGCGUGUCAUGCCUACCAGCUGAGAAAACAACCACGACACUCCGCGUGGAAGUGAAGGUUCACAUCAGCCUUCCGGAUCUCGACCUUUCCUCCAUAUUCCGAACGGUCGACAGGAACAGCACCUGCUUCUCUUCGUACAACGGGGUAUGCUACAUAGAGCAGGUGACCUACCGCUACGCGAAUGCUUCGACACCAAACCCGAACACAGCUAUCAUGAUUCGCGGCUACCUAACCAUCGUCUGUAUAUCGGUGUCGUUGUUCUGUCUGGUUCUCAAACUAGUGGUUUACCUCAUGUCUAAGGAUUGUCGUACCUUCUCGUCUCGCUGCACCCUCUGCUUAUCUAUGACGCUAUUCUUCACUCAAUUGUUCUUCCUCGUCUUCAACGUAACGGACCUUGGGCGCGAUGUGUGCGUCGCGUCCUCUGUGGUCGUGCACUUCGGCUUCUUGUCGACGGCCUUCUGGACUACCGUAUUGUCGUACGACAUCUGGAAGACGCUGAUCCUAGUUCGUCGACCCAGUGGCAACUGGAAGAGCCUCGUCCGGUACGGCUUCGCCGGAUGGGGAUCACCUCUGGUGGUUGUCGGCGUGGCUUCCAUAUUAAACUGGACAAAGAGUGACUCACCACUAUCUCCUUCGUACGGCACGUCUCGUUGCUUCAUAAAUAGAAAGUGGAGCCACGUCGUAUUCUUUCUGACUCCGAUGUUGGUUCUUCUCCUCGUCGAUAUCGGGUUUUACCUGCACACAGUCUUCACCAUCCGAAGGACGGAGUCGCAGUCCCAAAAGUUCGACUUCAAGGCGAAUGAGAAGCCUUCCAGGAUUUUGCUGUUCGUGAAGCUGGCAUUCAUCAUGGGCGUGUCAUGGCUUCUGGGUCUGGUCAGCGGGCUCGUCAACUCGCUCCUCAUGGACUGCGUCAGCAUCGUCUUCAUCGGGCUGCAAGGCGUGUUUCUGUUCUUCGGCUUCAGGGACCACAGGCACGUCUCCCAAAUGGUGUCUUCCUCCUCUUCUCUAGUCACCGGACUUUUGAGCCAUUCUCGAUCGCGAUCCUCAACCACAGCGACGACAGAUCUCGCCUUGGGUAAUCAGAUACCUACUGUCCUUGGAAGUAGUCACGACCGCCGGACGUCGGAUGACGUGGCUUCCGCUUGAUCCUAUGUGGACAUUAGCGACAAACGCACGAGUCAUGCCAUCGACCGUCUUGCUUGCCAAAGAAUGUGUGUGUAGACGAUGUUGAAUUCUUCUCAACACACGGGGCCCAGAGAGUCCAAACUGUGUGCGAUACGUAUGCUCGUUGUU